CUGCUAGCGUUAGCGUGGAUUUUCUUCCUGGUUGUCCCCGGGACGUUCUCAGCUGAUGACUCCGUACAGUUGAGUGAGAGCUUUGGAGGACCCCAUGGAACGGAGUUCUCGGACCAAGCCUCGGUCUCAGCCGGCCAGGUCAUCGGCGCCAUCACCAUUCGAGCGGGCGAGCGUGUCGAUGGAGUCUCGCUGGACGUGAAAGCUCCGACGGCCGCGACGUUCAGCCACGGAGGAACUGGCGGAAGGGCAAACACCCUCACGCUCGCUGCGGACGAGCACAUCACGUCGAUGGAGGCCCAUUGGGGCGAGAAGAAGGGGAGAACGCGCAUCUUUUACCUGAGCUUCGGAACGAGUGCCGGCAACACGGUCUCUGGAGGCUCGCAGACCGAGAGCAAGAACACGGUGACGGCGCCCGAGGGGUUUCAGCUUGGAGGCUUCUUCGGCCAAGACGGAGACGAGAUCGACAAGUUGGGAGCGAUCUGGACGCGUAUUUCAGCCGAAGCCCCGGCGACGGAGCCACCGGCCCCCGCCGCUGCCGCUCCUGCACCAGCAGCUUCUACCGCUGGUUCUGGUGAAGGUUCAGCUGUGGAUUCCACUGCGGGAUCUACCGAUGCGACUGCUCCUGCGUCUGCAGAAGCCUCCAUCGAUGCCUCGGGGUCUGCUGAAGUGGCGAAGCCCAAUAAAGCAGGUAAAACUCCAGCGACGUCGACGGAUGCGUCAGCCGAUGAGUCUGCGGCGGGGUCGGCCGAUGCCUCCGCGUCAGGAUCUACCGGUGCUGUGGCUAAGCCCAAGAAGGCGGGGAAAAGGCCGACAACGUCGACGGACGCUUCAGAUGACGAAUCGGCAGCAGCGUCGGCCGAUUCCUCCGCGUCAGAGCCUGCGGAACCGGCAAAGCCCAAGAAAACAGGAAAAAGACCAGCAGCAUCGACGAGCGAUUCGGCGGAUGAGUCAGCAGCAACGUCGGAGGCGGCUUCAGGGGAAGGAUCCGCGGACGCCUCAGCAGCGACAUCGUCGACCGAUGAGUCGGCUGCAGCAUCCACAGAGUCAUCAGCAUCAGAGUCUGCAGAGCCGCUGUCAUCUUCUGAAGGUUCUGCUGCAGGAUCCGUUGCAGAGGCACCAGCACCGUCCGGAUCAGCCACGGCUGGUCCAGCGCCGGCACCUGCCGGCACUGAAGCACCUGCAGAACCGUCAAUAUCCGUCAAGGACUCUGUUCAGCUCAGUGAGAGCUUUGGUGGACCUCAUGGUAUGGACUUCUCCGACAAAAACUUCGUGAAUUCGGGUCAGACUGUCAGCUCCAUCUCGAUUCAUGCCGGUGAGCGUCUCGAUGGUAUCACUAUGACGAUUUCGGCACCUAAGAGUCUGACGUUCACCCACGGCGGGACUGGAGGAGAUCAGAAGACGCUCAAGCUGGAAAAGGGCGAGUACAUUAAGUCGAUGGAAGUUCAUUGGGGCAAGAAGAACGGCCACACGCGCAUCUUCUACGUCAACUUCGUUACGAGCGCCGGCAACUCGCUAGCCGGUGGCUCCAUGACGGAUGAGAAGAGCACCGUGACGGCACCCGAAGGCUUUCAGCUGGCCGGUUUUUUCGGCAAAGACGGCAAGGAAAUCGACUCGCUGGGUGCAGUUUGGGCGUACAUUGACUUGGUGACCCCAGCUCCGACACCGGCACCUGCCCCAGUCAAGGAUGAGGACUCCCCGGGUACCGUCGCCCCUGCCGACAUCGCCGGCAGUUUGUCGGAAGUGAAGACGAAGGUGAACAAAAGGGCGGUUCAACUGAGUGAUUCGUUCGGAGGCCCUCACGGCGAGCAGUUCUCCGACCAGCUCGCUGUUACUUCCGGCAUGACCGUCAGUUCCGUCACAAUCCGUGCCGCCGAGCGUCUUGACGGCCUUACAGUGCAGAUUUCGGCGCCGAAGGAGAUGACGUUCACCCACGGCGGCACAGGAGGAGAAGACAACACUCUUACGCUUGAGCCAGGCGAGUAUAUCACUACUAUGGAGGUUCAUUGGGGCCAAAAGGGCGGUCAUACCCGCAUCUUCUACAUGAAUUUGGGAACUAGUAAAGGCAGAUCGGUCGCGGGCGGAUCGCAGACUGAUGAGAAGGGAUCGGCGACGGCACCCAAGGGCUACCAGCUUGCCGGCUUCUUCGGUCGCUACGGUGACGAGAUGGACCUGGUCGGUGCCGUAUGGUCCAGCAUCGCAGCGGUCAACGAGACGGUCGCGCCUCCUGUUUCAGCUGACGAGGAUAUUGUGCUGAGCGAACUAUUCGGCGGUCCUCACGGCAACGCAUUUUCCGACAUCAACGACAUCAAAUUCGGUCAGACGGCGUCUUCUAUCACGAUUCGGUCGGCAAAGCGCGUGGAUGCUGUGACGCUGCAGGUCGCUGCCCCUAAAGAACUGACGUUCUCUCACGGUGGUAAGGGCGGAGAGGAGCAGACGCUCACUCUUGCCUCCGGCGAGUACAUAACCUCGAUGGAAGCUCACACGGAGAAGCAGGGGUCUCACACUCGUGUGUUCUACCUCAGCUUCACUACCAACAAGGGCAAGACCAUCUCCGGCGGAACGAAGACGGACAAAACGGGGGUUGCCACCGCACCUGAAGGAUUCAUGCUGAGUGGGUUUUACGGCCGCGCUGCGGAUGAAGUGGAUCAACUUGGGGCCAUUUGGACGAGAAUGUCGGCCAAGAACAUCGAGCUGACGGAUCCUUCCGGUGUCGGCAACAAUUCGUACGGCACGACGAUCCGCAACUGGGUGGGCCCCACCAUCGGCAAGCCUACCGACACAGCGUGCUAUCGCAAGACGGCGGCCUUCGACAGCACCAACAUUUGUCCGUUGGGCUUCGGCAAGGACGGCGACGAUUGCAUCACGCAAUGUCCGAUCUCGUAUCCUGUGACGUGUGGCUUAGAGUGUCUCCCUCAAAACGACGACUGCGCUCUCGCGGUGCUCCACAAAAUCGGCACCGUUAUCGCAGUGGCGUUGAAUGCUGCAACUGGGGGAGUAUUCGGUGAGAUUUUGGCUGCUUACAAAACUGUCAAGUGGGCCAUCACCUGCGUUGCGAACAUCGUGCAGGUGAUCCGAGGUCUGAUCUAUUACCUGCGCUACCGGCAAACCACUGCACCCCAAGGUGACACGGCAGAGCUGCUGACCGUCGCUUAUCAGGCCGACGUUGUUCUGUAUGACCUUCCUGUAGCUGUUUGUACGUGUCUUGGUAUCCCGGUUCCGGCUAAAGCGCAGUUCGCGGACAUUGUGCUUGUCAUCGUGGAAGGUAUCGUGAAGCAAGCGAUCACCAACGGCGAAGAGAUCAUCUCCAGCGGAGCAAACGUCAUGAACUUGCUGACGGGGAACAACAUGGUGAACAAAUCUUCGACGACGGUGGACGAACUGCAAGACCUCAUCGACAAGAACUCGAGCUGUGGGUGGCAGCUCAAGCGUCUCACGGAUCGCGUGACUAUGGCUGUGCUUAGGUACCGUAACGCAAGCUCUAACAUCGACGACAUUCGCGUCAAGGUAUACAGGUCGUCCAUCGUACUGAACGACAUCCCGAUCGUCACGAACAACUGUAUGGGCGAGCUGCUGGCCACCAAGACCAAGACGGUAGCCUACCAGACGCGUGAUCUGCUACGGAAGACGUUCGGAGUGAUCGUCGACCAGCUCAUCGACACUGGUAAGACGGAUAAGGGGAAGGACGUGGCCGAGAAGGACUACAUGCUGCAAGUGGCAAAUAUGGGGCUGGUCGUACUGUCCACGAUAGACCCCACGGGUAUCGCGUACAUGGCCUCGCAGUUCGUGCAGCCUAUAUGCGGGCCUACAGCUUACGUCGGAGAGAUCGAUGACGGUACAUUGUUCGACGCAUUGGGGCUCUCAACAGUGGACGAAGCUUUUGCCGGCAGCUACGGGUCGUACACUCACGCGGGUGACGGCGUUGUGAGGUUAAUCUUCGAGAGUGUGGAUACGAAGGACGUGACGGUGGUUGUCCACAGUGGUGGUGAUGGAUACACCAAGGUGGACGUUGGUUCGGGGGAUACCGUGACGUGGGAAGCCACGUUCCCGGAGCUGGAGGACAAGACUUUGUAUCUGGAUCGCUGGCGUCCCGGUUUUUUGGGUCUGCCUGGUAAGGGAGGUGGCUCGUUGCUCAUGUGGAUCCCGCGGUCGUCGGAAGGCGGGCAUAUCACGAUGCACGUACGGAUCAAUCCGUCCUAAGUCGAUAGUUGUAGCUGUAUUCGUGUAUGAAAAAAAGUAAAGGUGCGUUCAAAUUC